AUGCGGAGCGCGUUCACGCGUUCGAUGGACGUGUACUUUGAACACCUACACAAAGCCAACGAUGCCCUUUUCAGGGCUAUAAAGACGUCUGCGUGCAAUAAAACUCCGGUUCUUGAGGCGAUCGAAUCGUGGCUCGCUGAAUCGCAGCUUGAGGACAAACGAUUCUUCCUCGAGUUCGUGCUAGGUAGUCUUGAUGAGGUGGCAUCGGCCUUUCUUGGAAAGUUCUUUGAGGAGAACUUUCCAACAAAUGCCGGGGAGUACUUCACUGGGACAUGGUCACGAUUACUAUCGUGCCUCUCCGCCAAUUUGUGCAUCCUUGUCGAUAGCUCUGAUGAUACUUCGAGGGACCUGAAUCGGCGGGUUACAUACGUUUCAAGCGCAAACACAGUGCUUGAGCGCCUGUCAUCCCCGACUGAAGCAAGAUUCUCUGAUACACACGCUGCACGUCAAUCGGGAAAACAGAAAGCGCCGAAGACUGACGGAUCUCUGAAUUUUUCGAGAAAAGGCAAGGGUCGCGCCCCAAGCACUUUCGAUACUAUAUGGGGUCCUGUUGCGCCCACCAACGACUAUUUGGAGGCUCUUCGUGACCUCGGUAUAUCGUCCAAGCAUCCGUGUGAACCGUCUCCAAUUAUCCUUCAAGAACUCAAGCGCUCGUUAUUGGUGUACCUCGAGGUUGUCCGAUGGCCAGAUGUACAGGACGCGCUCAAGCAGGUUGUAGGCGAUGGUAUGGCCGCGAACACAGUGCGAGGUGGCAAUCACGAUCCAGGUCCCGCUCCUCAUGCCGCGCGUACUGUUGGCUAUGAAAGGAAUCAACCUACCAAUUCGGCAAUUUACUUCGAUCAUGCCGAUGGGUUUGGCGACUGGUGGAUUCUGAUCUCCGGUCGAACGGAAAAAAUGCUGCGAGAGACUACGAAAAAGGACCCUACGACGUUCGCAAUCAUCGUGAACAAAAUCAAGGAUCUCUCACACGGACAUUUUUCGCGUGAUAACCAAAGGCCUCUGACGGCGCACACAACUGAUGUGCCCAUCUACGCGGCUUGGGUAACGGGAGAUUUGCGACUAGUCUAUCACAUUGGUUGCAUACCUGACAUCGGAACCGAGAGGGAACGUCAAGUCAUCAAAGUGUUCGGAAUAUAUACGCACGCUCAACUCGAUCAGCGCUUUUGGUCCGCGGUUGGCACGUACCUGGCUGAGAAAGGUCACGGCGAGUUCAAGAAUAGAUGUACCUAUCGUGUAAAGCCACGCUCGAAUGGAGACGACGUCUUCUCGCCGGGGUUCUUCCCAUCCGUAGCUGAUAGUGCUAAGCGUGGUGGGAUACCGGAGCUCGUGGAUGUCGCAGAUGGGUAUCAUGAAGAGCUAAGCAGUCUUCUCGUCUUCGAGAAAUAUGCAGCACUGUCUCAGGCGUUCCUCAACGAUGUCCUGAAGAACAAAGAAGUUGUCCACCCGUAUUUGCUAUCCGCACAAGAACAAGAAAUUGUCAACCAUCCGUAUUCCUGCUACGUCAUCGGCCGUAGCGGUACUGGGAAAACUACCGUGAUGCUCUUCAAGAUGUUCGCAGUUGAGUCCAACUGGCGGACGGACCAGUACUCCGGUGUAACACGCCCAAGGCAAAUAUUCCUAACCCAGUCGCGCAUCCUCGCCGAAAAAGUAGCAGAAUAUUUCGCAAAAUUAUCUGACUCUCUGACGAGCAACGCCUCAUCUCCGAGGUCCCCCAAAUACAGCAAGCUACCUCGUGAUGCGGACCACAUGAAUGAUUUGCGAAACGACCUCCCCAGACGCUUCAGUCAACUUCGCGACGAACACUUCCCUCUGUUUGUGACAUACAGCAUGUUAUGUAGUAUGGUUGAAGCAGACUACCUCACGGAUGAAGUGCAUGAAACACGGCAAGCCCGACACUCUGAGAAUCUCGUUUGGACCGUGAAGGAUCAGCAGGAGAGACCAAACUUCAUCUCCCUACGCGAGUUCGUACACCUAUAUUGGGCUCACUUCCCUUCUUCCCUAAGGAAGGGCAUCGAUCCUGCUCUUGUCUGGAAUGAGUUCAUGGGUGUCAUAAAAGGAUCGGAACAAGCACAUCUUAGCGAGCGUCAUAUCCUCGACAAAGAGUCGUACCUGAACCUGAGCGCUCGCUCGUGCCCUACAUUCGCGCAGCAGCGCGAUGUGGUCUAUGAACUAUUUGAACGCUACGAAGAAAAGAGGAUUAGGAUGGGACACCGUGAUGCUGCGGAUAGAACGCACUGUCUUUUGGGCUUCCUGCGGAGAGGAAUUCGAGGGAAGAAGAUAGAUUUCUUAUACGUCGAUGAAGUGCAGGAUAACCUGCUCAUAGAAAUUUUGUUAUUGAGAAUGCUUUGUGCUAACCCGCAUGGGCUGGUCUUAGCUGGAGAUACAGCGCAAACCAUCUCGGCCGGAAGCUCUUUUAGGUUCAACGACAUUAAAGCCUUCUUGCACCGCAAUGAGGAACGUAGUCGAUCUAACAGCCUUCUCAGCAUAGCGGUCCCUCAACCGCAUCCCAUGGCGGGAUUCAUUUUACGCGACACUCAGUCGAUCGUGGAACUCAUCACAAGGCUAUGGCCGUACGCGAUCGACGCAUUGGACCCCGAACGGGCUUUAGUUGACGGCAUAAAACCUAUCUUCUUUCAUGGCGAAAUCUCCUGCGAACAAUUCUUCCGAGAGAGUGUUGGAGAGCUGGUUGAAUUUGGAGCAGAUCAAUGUGUUCUCGUUCGUAAUGAUGCGGCUCUACGCCGGUUACGGUCAGAUGUGGGGGAUAUCGGUACCAUCAUGACCAUUUACGAUUCAAAGGGUCUCGAAUUCAAUGAUGUGCUUAUCUAUAAUUUCUUCGAAGAUUCGCAUGUGCGCCCCUCCACAUGGCGUGUUAUCUUGAACGUCCUAGGUUCCGGUGGAUGUGCUGUUCCAUCGGCCCACAAAUACGAGGAAAGUAAGCAUGCAGGAUUGUGUAAUGAGCUUAAAGCUCUGUAUGUCGCAGUGACGCGUGCCCGCCGAAAUCUCUGGAUAGUCGACUGUUCUGAAAGUGCGGAGCCUUUUCGGCUGUUGUGGUCGAGAAAUGGUCUGAUACAAACGUUCGAUCACAAAUGUGGGCUAAACAUACCUGCACUCGCGGUUGUAUCAACUGCAGACGAUUGGGCGAAGAAAGCAAGAUCUUUGUUCGAAAAUCGGAGGUACCACCAGGCGGCCGACGCGUUCAGACGGGCCGGUUUAGUGCAGGAUGCGGCUGUAUCACGAGCACACUGCCUACGGGACGAUGCAUAUGCUUGCGUGGAGGCGACUACGACAAUGGAUCACGCCAGACGGCGAAAGGCACUGGUUGAGGCGGCCGAAGCGUUCGUGGCAUGCGUUGAGCACGCAGCGACCAUCGAGAAACAAACCUGCUAUCGCGAGGCUGCAAGAUGUUACGUCGGUGCGAAAGACGAGGCUGAAGCAGCCCGCCUGUAUCUGGAAGCAGAGGACCAUACGGAUGCUGCGCGACAUUUCCACAACGCAGGGAUGCUUGACAAAGCCGUCGAUGUAAUUCUAACGCAUCAAGUCGAACCCGCCACCCAUAACAAGAUCGUGGAUGAUGCUAGGUUUCAAUAUUUGAAAGCAGGCAAACUCAAGAAGGCUUCUCGACUAUUUGAAUCGAAGAAAGACCUGUUGGAGUACCUGACAACACAUGACUUCACGCUUCUCCGUGCCAAACUCCUGAAGACAAUGGGCCGUGUGUCAGACGCAGCAGACACGUACCUCGCUGGAGGACGCCCUUUGGAAGCCAUCAGUUUACUCUUGGCCGACUCAUCAAACUCGGGCCUGUUUCAUCGAGGUCUCCAAUGCCUGCUCGCCGGCCUCUGGAAAAGUCACCCUCUGGGCACCAACUCACAGAAGUCGAAGCUUCUCUUAGAGGAAUAUCUCCGGCUAAGCGAUCGGAUUGACAACAAGUACAUUGACCAGCAUGUCAUUCAUAUGAUCUCCAUGUUCCGGGCCAUAGCCGAUGGAGACAAUGCGCAUUUGAAACAACUUCGGCACGAACUGCGUGAUAACUCUGGCGACAAAGCGGCAAUCUUACUGUGUCUCGACUCCAUAUGCAAUGACGAGACCGUCCAGACGGUGGCGACGGCGACUCCCGCUCAGAUUCUUUCCACGUUGGGUCUAUAUCGAGAGUACGCUCAAUCGGUCCGGGACCUUCUGCCUGCAGAAUUCGAAACACACAUCAAACCCGAGAUAUCGCAAUUGUUUGGACUGCAGGCACGAGGAGCAUCCGCGUUCUUAGUUCCCUCCAAUGCCUAUAUCCAUAAGAAGUUGAAGUCGCAAGAUAGGCUAUUGGUGCAUGGGAAUGAGCGCGAUGGUACCAUAGUCUCGUCACAGUCCCUCCUGGGCUGUAUACAGACGAUCAUGGACAAUCGCUUGAUGAUCCGCAUCACCUCACCGGCCGUUGCGAGACACGCGAUUGCCAGAGACAGCAUUUCACGUCGUACGAUCACUCAUGGUUUCACGCGGGAAUUCAACUACAUAUGCAGCACGCAACUCUUAUGCAAGGAGUAUCUUGGCGGGCAGACGAAGAACGGCUUUCUCGUCAGCGGUAUGUCCUGGGUUUGUCGCCUCUACGACACCCUAUUCCCCGCGUUCCCGGCGUUGGGCUCUGCUAGUGACCUAUCACCAUUCUUUGCCUCUGGGUCCGAGUCUGGCCUAUUCGCCUUACGGGAUUUCAUACGGGAUGCCUUGCAACGUCUAGAUCCAGGAUCAUCAUCGUUAAAUAUAUCAGAUAUCGUCAAGAUAUAUUAUUUAGCAGCGUUGUUGAAUUACGAGGCAGCGAAAGGCUACGUUCAAAGCUGCCCGUCCUGCCUGGAACGGCUGCCGAUUCUGCGGCACUUUACCGCUUUCCACAUUGCCUGGUUUGAUCCUCUGUCGCACCUGGCGCUCUUCUUGUCUUACCUCCAAAACAAUCACGUCGAGGUGGACGUGUCCGUUUGGUGUAACCUGAUAGAAGAUCUAUGCAAAUGUGCCUGCCUGCUUGGAUACAACAUGGACAGUCCGCCAUUGAGAAAACGCAUUCUCAACGCUGUCGCGACACAAGGAUCUAGUAAGGAGAGUUUUCCUGCCUGCGACCAGUAUUUGCAGGCGAAGAGCUGGUCGCAUUUGGACCAGGCCAUGUUCCAGGUACAACUUGAACCACGCGACCCUUUGGUGCAAUUGUGUUUGGAGGGGGAGCAUUUACCAGACGAACCGCCGCCCGGAGUGCAACGGCUGGUCUAUCGGACUGUCCGUGAGAUAUCGCAACUACUCGGCCCUGAUAUCGUCCCGUUGGCGUUUCCUCACAACGAGGCGGAAGAAUCAAGUCCCGCCCCGUCAUCGUCCGGAGAGCGAAACAGUGUGGACCAUCCGGUCCAAGACCACGAUGACAGUAUCGACGUUCUCGAACAUCAGGAGGGGGCUACAACCAUUGUCAAGUCCGAGGAUCAUGUUGAGGAUGUGAACAUCGGUUCCGUCACGAAGGCGCUCCUAAAUACUGAGGGAGGGGAUGCUCUGCCAACGCCGCCAGCAGAUAGCGUCUCCAUGUACCUCGAGCAUAGCAAGAAAAUGGGAUGGCCGGAUUCCAUCUAUCGAGUCCUUUAUCUGGGGCCCGUUCCUCAACUCGACACAUGUCUCAAGCAUGUCAUCAAGUGGGCGAAUGGAAUUAAACAGGAGCUACAGGCGAGAGUCGCGACAACCGAUAACGUGGACUCACGCGAGGCUUUGAUGCUGCAACAGGCCGAUGCAUACACAUCCCGGAAACAGGCUGAAAGACUGCGAAGAUAUCUGAGACCUACGGCCGACAUUCAUACACGGAGGGAUCUCGAACGACUGAAGGAGCUCGCGAGGGAUGUGGAGGCUUUCAUUGCGUCGAUCCCAGCUGACAGCGUCGAGACUAUCCGAAGCGAAGUCGAUCGGGCAGUUCAAGUCAUCAUAGCGGCAGCGCUAUCGCAUGGACAAAGCCAAAGUUCAAAGCAGGAAUCAUCUUCAACGGGCGUGAUGUUCUGA